GAUUUUGGUUUCUGGUUGUGUUAUUGCUCCAUGUACUGAACAUAUUGUGCCUUUGGUGAAACCUCGAGCAAGAUAAAUAGGUGCUGGUAUCAGCUUCUUACAUGACCAUAAUGAACUCAUACAUUCACGCUUCAUUAUAUAACUGUACUUGUCUCUACAUACCAUCUUCGAUUUUCCCAACCACUACUCUAAAUAGCCUGAUCUUGCCCUUAUCCCAAAAUGGCCCCAAGUACGAUUUUGAACUCACUUAGCGAACCUUUGCCACGUUACCCAGCCGAUGGCCUAGACGCUUUGCCAGACAUCCAGCCAUCUGGCAGUUCGACAAAGGAGACGAAUCCUCCAAAAUUCUGGGUCAUGGGUAGGGACUGGGCGGCGAGCGGUGUCAAUGCCAUCACGGCAUCUCGUCGCCGACUUGUAGCCGCUGGUCUUGAAACGGAGUUCAUCUAUAAAAAGGAGACAGCAAUAAAGCUCCUGACCGAGGGAGACGUAACUCGGGCUGCAGCUCUGUAUCUGCUGCACCCAGUCAACCAAGCCCUGUCUGCUCUUAACCCGGAUAUUUCGUGUCUCUCGGAGCAUCAUGGAAACACAAUCCGAAGCGAUGUAACCUAUAAGUUUGGCCUCGAUCGCGCUUUUGCCAUUGUUGAGUUCAAGAAAAGGGGUGUUAUCCGUAUGGAGGAGUUUAGGGGUGCCUUGCUUGAGCUAAAUAACGACAGAGCUCGUGCUCAGGCUCAAAUUAAUGACAAAAUCAUGUCAGCAAUGGAUGAGCGGGGAAUGUCCUUUUUCCGGAAAAACUCUCUCAACCUACUUAAGCAAGCUGCGAACUACGCAGUUAAACACGGAACCAAUUACGUUGCUAUGUUCGACUGGAAUUAUCUUAUUCUAAUCACCUUCAACUUCGAUACCAGCCCACCCGUUGAAGACCGGGAGAUCAACGGCGCUGGGGAUUACUGUAGCAUCCGAGUCAUAGAAGAGAACUCGCCUGGCAUGCGUAAAGCAUUGUUUGCAUUUCUAUGUGCAGCGGCUGGGUUGAUCACACAUUGAUCAGGUGGCAAAGGGUAUGUAUUAUUGGCCCACCUAGGCUCAAUAAGCACGGCUCUAUUGUUGUUGCU